AUGGAGAAAAAAAAGGAAGAACUGGACACAAGAGAGAAAGAACUGGAGAGAAGAAAGGAAGAACAAGACACAAAACAUAGACAACUGGAGAAAUUCACUGGAAUGUCAAGUCACAUUGGCGAGCAUUACAAGGUUUCGGGACUUCAAAGCUAUGCAAUGGAAUGCCAGGCCUUAUCUUUAGAAACAAAGAUACUCAGUACAGAUGAACCGAUGGUAAGAAAGAAGGCACUGGAAACAAGAGAGAAAAACUUGGAGAUAAGAAAGAAUGGACUGGACAGUAGAGAAAAAGAACUGGAGAGGAGAAAGGAAGAACUGGACAGAAGAGCGAGAGAACCGGUGAUAAGAAAGGAAGAACUAGACAAAAGAAAAAAAGAACUAGACGAAAGACAAGAGGAACUAGUGGUAAGAAAGGAAGAACUAGACAAAAGAGAAGAAGAACUGAUGGCAAGAAAUGAAGAAGUGGACAGAAGUGAGGGAAAAUUGGAAAGAAGAAAGGAAGAACUGGAGAAAAGAAACAAAGACCUGGACACAAGACAGAAAGAACUGGAGAAAAGAAAGAAAGACCUAGACAAAAGAAAGGAAGAGCUAGAGCAAAGAGAGAAAGAACUGGAAAAAACAAAUGAAGACCUAGACAGAAGAGGGACAGAACUGGAGCGAACAAAUAAAGAAAUAGACAGGAGAGAGAGAGAACUGGGAGGAAGAAAAAGGAGUGGCAGUAAAGAUGAGCCCCCUAACAUGCCACAGAAACAAAACACAGGCUACACCCGUCUGCCCAUGUGCAGUAUUCAUCAGGGGUCAAUGAAGAGGACGCUGGUCAUCAUAUUUCAGGCUCUGCUGUGGCCUGCCGUCUUAUCAGCCUCGUUUACAGUCAACGUACCGAGAAGCACUUAUGAAGCAGAGCUAAAUGGAGACGUCAGACUGGAGUGUGUGUUUUCUGCCCUUAAAAGAUCUUCAGACAUUACUGUCAUCUGGAGCCGCGUGCAUCCCAAGCCGGACGUCAACAUUUACUGGCUGGACAAAGGCAAAGAAAUCCACAAUCACACCAGCUCUGCGUUCCACAAGCGCGCGCAGCUCAUUUCCCACCUGCUGAGAGAGAAUCGAGCUGUGUUACACUUGAAGAAGCUCCGGAUAAAAGAUUCAGGCACGUAUCAGUGCAUCGUGGAGGGAGAUGAAGUCGACUACAAACAGAUCACACUCAAUGUUACAGCUCCGUUUUCUCCCGUAAGGAAAAGCCUCCGGAAGGCAGGAGAGGACGAGGUGGAGCUUUCCUGUGAGUCUCAGGGAUUCCCAUCCGCUCAGGUUUACUGGAGCGACGGUCAAAAGUUAAACCUCACGCUGUUCUCCAACACCUCAGUGAGCUCCACCGAUGAAGAUCUGAUCCUCAUCGUCAGCAAACUGAAGGUUGAACGAGAGCUUGUGAACAACUACACCUGCACUUUCAUCGUGAAGGGGGAAAUACAGCAGACGGCAACAUUCAGCAUCCCAGAAGAAAUCCCUCUUCACGGUUCUGCUCUGUUUGUGUGGAUUGGAGCCGUGAUCGUUGUGCUUUUGGCCGUCAUCUUCAUCUCCAUUAUUCUGCAUAGGAGAAAAUACGGUCAGAAAAACAGAAGAAACGAAGCCUCUAAAUGUGCUUACCUCUUCCCACAAUCAUCCUCUGUCAACACUGACUCUCUAUUAACAGUAAAUGAGAACAGGACACACGCACGCGAGAAAUCCUCAACAGAAAAAACUGCGUCUCUGAGGGAUUCACUGACACAACAGUAUUCCCAGCUGUACACAGAGAGCGAGAUGAAGAGGAAACUGAGGUCAUAUGAGCUUCACAGCAGAGAUGGCCACUGCGUAAACAUCAGCUCCGUCAUUCCUGAAAAGGGGCAGAUUCUCCUCCUCCUCGGAGACUCCGGCUGCGGGAAAACCACGUUCACCCAAAUCCUGUCCUACAGCUGGGCAUCCCGUUCCCAGACAGACCCGUUUAACACCCGCCGGCUCCGUCUGCUCCUGCUGCUCCACUGCAGCCAAAAUAAAGGGAAUUUAAAUCAGAUUAUCAACUCCAGCGUUCAACAUGAACGACCAGUGGAUGUAAAGCAGUCUCUUAAAGGGCCGGAGGACUGUUUGCUGAUCCUCGAUGAUUAUCAAGAGGGAAAUAAAGACUUGGAGGAGUUUUUAAAGGACCAUCAGACGUGUCGAGUGUUAAUAACAUCACGUCCUGGAGUUUGUCCAAACCUGGAGAAAACCGUCAGGACUGUAUUGCAUCUCAUUCAUAAACCUGAAGAGUCUUCAACAUGAUGAUGCAUGCAUUCGUAUUUGCAAAGACUGUGAGGAGGCAUUCAGCGACUCGACGAGAAGGAGCAAUGCACACACAAAGUGCUAAUUAUACAAAGGAGCUGUGUUUAUAUAUAUAUAUAGAGAGAGAGUGAGAACAAUGUUUCUACAGGUGGUUUGUCAAGCCCACUCACCUGUGUGAGGCGCACUUCAUUAAUGCACAAUGGUAUGGCAUGGUGCCUCAGUGGUUAGCACUUUCACCUUAUAGCUAGUAGGUUGAUGCUUCGAGUCUCAUCUGGGCCAGUUGGCAUUUCUGUGUGGAGUUUGCAUGUUCUCCCCGUGUUUGCGUGGGUUUCCACCAGGGGCUUUGGUUAC